AUGGGGCAAUUACACCGAUCCUCUGAGUCUGAGGUUGCACUUCCUGAAGCAAAAAAGAAGCCAACAAUCACACUGCCGGGUGGAGUACAUUAUUAUUAUGAUCAUACGCAAGUGCACAGUGCAGACUGUACUCCGUACAUUACAGGUGGGAUAGAGGAGACAAGAGAACAAAACGGCGACUCGCUCCAAGUUCCCAAGUCCCAAGGUUGCAACCAGGGCCGCCAACCAGUCAGGGCCGCCGAGAUGCCCUCGACUUUUCCAGUCGUUGAGAUGGCGGAGGACAACGAUGUUCGCCUGUGGAACCGCGGGCUGCCACCGAACGGUUCCAUUCAGCAGGCUAAAUAA